GAGGGGCCGAGACCUUGGCGCUCCCCUCCUACCCUUCGAAGAUGGAGACCAGGCUGGGGCAUCUGAGCUUCCCCCUUGCAGGCGGGGCCGAGGCUUCGGAGCUUCCCCCGCGGAGGUGGUGCCGAGCCCUUGGUGCUCCCCUGUCCCGGAGAAGGAGAUGCAUUGGAGCUCCACCCCUGGAGGCUGGACCGAGGCGUCGGAGCCUCCCCUUGGAGGCCGGGCUGAGGAAGCGGAGAUCCCCCCACCUCCCGGAGGUGCGGCCGAGGCGUCGGAGCUUCCCCCUUGGAGGCGGGUCCCAGGCACUGGAACUGCCCCACUUCCCCGGAGGCUGGGCCAAGGCAUCGGAGCUUCCCCCUUGGAGGCGGGGCAAAAGCUUUUGAUCGCCCCGCCCCCCUACCGUUAGACUUUUGCUAACCUUGCGGCUUUCCCACGCUUUGCCGGAAGUUCUCUCUUAACAUUUCCGGCAGAGCUUUUAAAAACCGGCCUUGAGGACGGGGAUCCGUGUCCUCGGUGUAGCCUUGCGUUGUUUCGGUUGCCGUGGGUGAUCGGCCACGAUGCGGAGCGGGUUCCUGAGCGGUGCCCGACGCCUGUGGGCCCUCCGCGGCCUCAGCCGCACUACGUCGCCGCCCGAGGAGCUCUUCGCCCGCGAAGGGCCCCUAAGGGCCUUCCUGGAGCGCCGUGCAGGCUCGGAGGCCGCGAGUCUGGACGCCGGGGGGAAUCAGCUGGCGGCGGCUGCCCGGCUGCUCAGCGAGAAGGAGAGGGAGUUGCGGGACACCGAGUCCUUGCUGCACGAUGAGAAUGAAGAUUUAAAGAAACUUGCAGAGAGUGAAAUAGCUUUGUGUCAAAAAGAAAUAACUCAGCUGAAGCAUCAGAUCAUCUCACUUUUGGUUCCUUCAGAAGAAACAGAUGAGAGUGACUUGAUCCUGGAGGUGACUGCGGGUGUGGGUGGUCAGGAAGCCAUGCUUUUCACUUCUGAGAUGUUUGACAUGUACCAGCAGUAUGCUGCAUUUAGAAGAUGGCAUUUUGAAACACUGGAAUAUUUCCCAAGUGAACUAGGUGGCCUGAGGCAUGCCUCAGCUAGCAUUGGAGGUCCAGAAGCAUAUAAACUCAUGAAAUUUGAAGGAGGUGUACAUAGAGUACAGAGAGUGCCGAAGACAGAGAAGCAAGGCCGUAUCCACACUAGCACCAUGACAGUGGCAGUUCUGCCGCAGCCCACUGAGAUUAAACUGGUGAUUAAUCCUAAAGAUUUGAGAAUUGAUACUAAGAGAGCAAGUGGAGCUGGAGGGCAGCAUGUAAAUACCACAGACAGUGCUGUUCGGAUUGUUCAUCUUCCUACAGGUGUUGUUUCUGAAUGCCAGCAAGAGAGAUCUCAGCUGAAGAAUAGGGAGCUGGCUAUGAAAAAGUUACGUGCAAGGCUAUACAGCAUGCAUCUAGAAGAAGAAACUACCAAAAGAUACAACGCUAGAAAGAUCCAGGUUGGAACUAAAGGAAGAUCAGAGAAAAUAAGGACAUACAACUUUCCACAGAACAGGGUCACAGACCACAGAAUAAACAAGUCACUACAUGACCUUGAGAACUUCAUGCAAGGAGACUGUCUACUGGAUGACAUGAUACAGUCACUGAAGGACUAUGCGGAUUAUGAGUCUCUAGUGGAAAUGGUUUCCAGAAAAGACUAAGUGCUGCAUAAAGCUCUUUCUACAUAGACUAGGAAAAUCCUCAAGCAAAUCCAUUGCGUGCACAGACUUAACUGGUAUUGUCUUGAGAAAUAGGAGUUAACAGUUUCUUGGACUCUUCUUUAUAAAAAAAAUUAGACACAAAGGAA